UUCAGGGUGGCUAUGUAUCAAGAAAAAAAAUAGUUCUGUGCGGUUCCGUUCUCAGUCUGGCCUAGCUGAAGCAGGGGAUCCUCCUAUGGUGGCUUUGGAACUUCUCAUCACGUAGAUUCUCCACCGGCGGAUAAGUUGAUCAUGAUUUUGGGAUUUUUAUGUUAUCUCGGGAACCAUCGAAAUGAGUUUUUAAGUCACGAUGUCGACGGUCGAGGUGCAAGACUGUAGUAGAAGUUGGAGAACUCCUCCGAAUAUUGGAUGCGAAUUUCGCGGCUUGCAUGCAACUCAAAAGUAAAUAAAAAAUGGAGGGUUCUUCUGGGUCUGGUUGGCAGAAGUCUGACAGUUCUAGGGCAUUCAAUACUUCUGGAGUCUCAGACAGGAACACAAGGCUUCUUUGUCCUGAAAAAAACACCACUUCUGGUGAGGCGUCACAGGACUCAGGUUUUAUAAGAGAAAGAGAUAGAAUAGGGUUGGCUCAGGGUGAUCAGCCCACACGCCUGGGUGGUUUAUCUGGGGCGUGCGGAGGUGAUGUAUCAGUUGACCCUUUUGUUCACUCUAUAGGAUGGGGUGAUAUUAGCUUCAGACAGUGGUUAGAUAAACCUGAUCGGUCUGUGGAUGUCUAUGAAUGCUUGCACAUAUUUAGGCAAAUUGUAGAAAUUGUUAAUAUAGCGCAUUCUCAAGGAAUUGUUGUUCAUAACGUGAGGCCUUCCUGCUUUGUCAUGUCAUCUUUUAACCAUGUCUCCUUCAUUGAAUCGGCAUCUUGUUCUGAUUCUGGCUCAGAUUCUGUAGAAGAUGGAUUAAACAGCAAAGCGGCUGAGAUUAAAACACACACAUCUCUCCUUCCUCAUGGUGUGCAUAAGAAAAUAAGUUUAGAGAGUAAAGAUAUUGUACCUGUCAGGACUUCAAUAUCUGCUUUGUCAGAAUCUAGCUGCAUGCUGUCCAGUGCAGUAUACGCAGCCCGGGCAUCUUUAAUAGAAGAUAGUGAAGAAAAGAAAACCAAAGACAGGAGAAAAGGUGACGAAUUAGAAGUUGAGAAACAAUCUUUUCCAAUGAAACAAAUACUAUCAAUGGAGACAAGUUGGUACACUAGUCCCGAAGAGUUAGCUGGCGCUCCAAGUACAUGUGCUUCAGACAUAUACCGAUUAGGGGUUCUCCUAUUUGAGCUAUUCUGUCCGCUCAGCUCAAGAGAAGAAAAGAGCAGAACCAUGUCAAGCCUUCGACACAGAGUUCUUCCUCCAAUGUUACUUUUGAAGUGGCCCAAAGAAGCUUCAUUUUGUUUGUUGUUACUGCAUCCUGAGCCUAGCUGUCGUCCUACACUGGGGGAGUUGUUGCAAAGUGAUUUCCUCAAUGAGCAGAGAGAUGAUAUGGUAGAACGUGAGGCAGCAAUAGAGCUUAGAGAAAGCAUUGAGGAACAAGAGUUAUUACUAGAGUUCCUCUUGUUGGUUCAGCAAAGAAAGCAAGAAGCUGCUGAAAAGUUGCAACAUACUGUUUCUUUUCUGUGCUCAGAUAUUGAAGAAGUGACCAAGCAGCAGGAAAGAUUUAAAGAAGUUGCUGGCUCUGAACGAGGAAGCAAUAAUCAUUCAGCACCGAGCUUCCCGUCCAUGACUGGCAUUGAUAGUGAGGAUUCUGCUUGUCUAGGUAGCAGAAAACGGGUGAGGCCAAGGUUGCAUGUUGACAACAUUGAGGAAUGUGAUGAUAACAUAGGUGAUGAUCGGAGAAAUUGUGGAAGUGUUCUUUCAAAAAGUUCUCGGCUAAUGAAGAACUUCAAGAAAUUAGAGUCAGCAUACUUUCUAACCCGAUGCAGACCGUCCUAUUCGUCAGGAAAACCAGUGGCUAGACAUUCACCUUUAAGAACUGAUGGUAGGGGUUCCUUUGUCAUGUCUGAAAGAAGCUGCAUCAAUAACUUGACAUCAAAAGAGCACUGCAGGGACAGUAGAAGUGCUUGGAUAAAUCCUUUCCUUGAGGGUUUGUGUAAGUAUUUAUCAUUUAGUAAGCUAAAGGUUAAGGCUGACUUGAAGCAAGGAGAUCUUUUGCAUUCCUCCAAUCUUGUGUGCUCGCUCAGUUUUGAUCGUGAUGGAGAAUUUUUUGCUACUGCUGGAGUUAACAAGAAAAUCAAAGUUUUUGAAUGCGACACAAUCAUAAAUGAGUGUCGUGAUAUCCACUAUCCGGUAGUGGAGAUGGGUUGCAGGUCAAAAUUGAGUAGUAUAUGUUGGAAUACUUAUAUCAAAAGUCAAAUUGCUUCUAGUAACUUUGAAGGUGUUGUUCAGUUAUGGGAUGUGACAAGAAGUCAAGUGCUAUCUGAAAUGAAGGAGCAUGAGCAGCGGGCGUGGUCUGUUGAUUUCUCAUCGGCAGACCCAACAAUGCUAGCAAGCGGGAGCGACGAUGGCUCAGUCAAGCUAUGGAGUAUCAAUCAGGGAGUUAGUAUUGGCACCAUCAGAACGAAGGCUAAUGUGUGCUGUGUUCAGUUUCCUCCGGAUUCUGGUCGAUUCCUUGCAUUUGGUUCCGCAGAUCAUCGAAUAUACUACUAUGAUCUCCGCAGCCUAAAAAUGCCCCUCUGCACGUUAGUUGGACAUAAUAAGACUGUGAGCUACAUCAAAUUUGUAGACACCAUGAACCUUGUCUCAGCAUCCACAGAUAACACUUUGAAGCUUUGGGAUUUGUCAAUGUGCACCUCUCGCAUAAUAGACACACCAAUUCAAUCAUUUACAGGUCACACAAAUGUGAAGAACUUUGUGGGGUUGUCUGUGGCUGAUGGUUACAUUGCUACCGGUUCAGAGACAAAUGAGGUUUUCGUAUACCACAAGGCAUUUCCCAUGCCGGCAUUAUCAUUCAAGUUCCAGAUGACAGACCCACUUUCUGGGCAUGAAUUGGAUGAUUCUUCGCAGUUCAUCUCUUCAGUUUGCUGGCGCGGCCAAUCGACUACCUUACUUGCGGCAAAUUCCACCGGAAAUGUCAAAAUUCUGGAGAUGGUUUAGUCAAAGGUUGUUUGAAAUAGCAGAUUGUUGGUGUACAUGAGGUGACAGAAGGGGGGCUUUCGCCUUUCUGUUUGCCUUUAAAAGAGGGGGGCAAAAAAAAAAAAAAAGGUUAUAGAGAGAGAUAUACAGAUUCUGUGAUUUACUUUUGAAGUUGUAACAUAACAAAUUUUUGCAUAAGAUCAUAGCGGAAGCAGUCACAAAGGAGAGUGAGAUUGAUCUUUGUUAAAAGAUUUCUUGUAGAUAAAAUUCUAUAUUAAUGAGAAGAAAAGGUGGAAAAUGUUUAGAUUUUAUUAUUAUUAUUACUA